UAAUGAGCACAAAAACCCAUUAAAGAAUUCUCACCUUCAUAAAAAAAUAUAAAGACGAGUAAAUGCAUCAUAUUUAAGUUUAGAUUGAGCCCAUCUACUGGAAUUGAUGAAUUUGCAGAUUUAUUGAAUGAAUGCUUUUAGUCAUUCAAAUCAGAUUCAUUAAGAAGAGAAAAGGUGAAUUUAAUGCUUGAAAAUCUUUUUUUAGAUGAUGAUAGUAAACUUGUAGAAGGAGGUAAGAAAAAUCAAUUAUAAAAUAAGAUUUAUAAAAAUAUGUGGAGAGAUUAAUUGAUUUCGUUGAAGGACCAAGUGAUGAUCCUUUAGAAAAAAACAAUCUUAAACAACGAAGUUCAUCUGGUAGUUCUGAUGAGGAAGAUAAUAGAGGUCAUAAUAAAUAAUAAAAUAAACAUAAAAGAGAUAGAAGCAGAGAUAGAGAAAAGAAUAAAAAAUCAAAAAAAAAUUAAAAAAAUACAAACAUUAUUUCAGAAUUAUAAAAAGCAUUAGGAAAAGAUAUGAAUCUUAAAGACUUACUUUCAUCCAUAACAAAUAAUAAUAACCGUAAAUAAUAACAUAAUAAUAAUAAUAAAAAUAUUGUCUUUCUAUAAAAUGUUCCAAGAGAAAUGAGAUCAUAUACAGAAAUAGAAACAUUACUCUAAGGAAGAGGAGAAUUAACUAAAAUUCAACUAUCAGGAAGGUAAUUAAUAUAAUUAUUUUUAGAGUUCCUUCUGUAUAAUUUAAAAAUCACAGCGAUGCCUAAGCUUUGAUUGAUAAAUUUAUUGUCCAUAAAGGAGUUAAAAUUGAAUUUACAUAGAGUUUAAAUAAAGUAUUAAUAGAAUAUAAUUAAAGUAAUAGUAACACUAAGAUGAUAAUAAAAAUAAUAAGAUUAUUAUAUUAGAUAAAGAGGGAAAAAAAGUAUCUAAUUAAGUUAGUUAACCAGCAGCACCUCUAUUAUAAACAUAAUAAUAAUAAUAAUAAUAAUAAUCAUAAUCAUAAUAAUCAGUUUUAUAGAAGUAAGACUCUAAAAUGGAAGAGGAAACUGAUUUUAAAAAAACAAAGGAAGAACAAGAAUUAAAUAAUCAAAUUGAAUAAAUUAGAGGACAAGCUAAAACAUUAAUUGUAGAUAAAAUAAGAUUAGCUUUAUUAUUAGUUAAAAGGAAGGACAAUUAUCCUCCUUAAUUAAGUGUUGAAAUUGAUGAAUUAAAAAAGUAAACAAUAUAAAAUAAGCUUAGAUUAUUAACCUAAAAGAAAGAGGAGAUAUCUAAAAUGAGUUCUUUGGAAUAACUAAAAGCAGAAUUACAAUGGUUAAAUGAGAAUUAUGAUUAUACUUUGUUAAUUACACAGAUCCCAGAGUAAUUAUUUAAAGAUAAGACAGUUACUAAAGUACUCAAUGAGGAAUUUUAAGUAAUUAUUUAAAUUAUAAAAUAGAAAUAUGGUAAAAUUGACAAUUUAUAAAUUAAAAUAAAAGAUAAAGCUGCCCAUCUUAAAUUUUUCAGUUUUGAUUCAGCAGAAAAAGUAUUGAAUAUUUAUUAUGUAGGCUUAUUAUCAAGCAAAUGAAAAUUCUAAUUUUAAAGUUGAGUUCUUGAAUUAGGGCAUUAAAAAGGUGUUAAUUGCUUAAAGUUGA